AUGACCACACUGCCAGACGACGACGCUACCAGACGACAACACUGCCAGACGACGACGCUACCAGACGACAACACUGCCAGACGACGACGCUACCAGACUACAACACUGCCAGACGGAGACGCUACCAAACGACAACGCUGCCUGACGACGACGCUACCAGACUACAAUGCCAGACGACGACGCUACCAGACGACCACACUGCCAGACGACGACGCUACCAGACGACAACACUGCCAGACGACGACGCUACCAGACGACAACACUGCCAGACGACGACGCUACCAGAUGACAACACUGCCAGACGACGACGCUACCAGACGACAACACUGCCAGACGGAGACGCUGCCAGACCACAACACUGCCAGACGGAGACGCUGCCAGACGACAACGCUGCCAGACGGAGACGCUGCCAGACGACAACGCUGCCAGACGACAACGCUGUCAGACGACAACACUGCCAGACGACGACGCUACCAGACGACAACACUGCCAGGCGACGACGCUACCAGACGACAACACUGCCAGACGGAGACGCUGCCAGACGACAACGCUGCCAGACGACAACACUGCCAGACGGAGACGCUACCAGACGACAACGCUGCCUGA